GCUGCGCAAAUAUUUAUAUAAUAAUAUAUAUUUAUAUAUAUAGAUAGAUUGAUAGAUAGAUUGUAUAUUGUUUACCAGCCCAGUUCCACUCAAUAUGAGCACAAAAGCUCAGGAUACGCAAGGACCUCUCGCUUUCGAACGUGAUCCGGCUUGUCCGUUAUCGGCCGUGCCCAGCGCCGAAUCGGAGCCGACAGCUGAUAUAUUGGACAUUGAUCGGCCCUGCAAGGAUAACGAUAUCGGCCCCGUGCCGCUCGAUAACUAUACAUUUAGCGAAUCGGACAAGCACGACGUUUGCCUGCAGAGUCGCCGCGACUCGAGCACAAAUCCGGAGCGUCCAUACUCGCUGAACAACAUGGACUCGGAGCCAGAUCUUAAGGAGCCCCUGGGGCCCUGUGGCGAUUACGUUGAACAGUCGCAUACGCCGUGCAUCAAGCUCGAUAACAAGGAUAACUUCUAUUCGCGCAAUCCGAUAACCGGCUCCGGUUUGAACGGCGACGGUGUUGGCGGUCUCAAGCCAAAGAAGCUCAAGAAUCGAGAGGGCAAUCCAGUUACUGGAGAGGGUUAUAAGCCGGGUGCAACUGAUUUUAUACAGCCGGCGAUUAAAGAGGGCAGCCAGCCAAUGAAUAGCAACAACAAUGGUAAUCGUGUUCCACCCGGCGGCUAUUCGUCGGGUCUUUGGUAAUUUGUACAAAUUUACACCAGCCCUGCAACAACACGUUCAAUAACAAAACGCAUGGAAAAUAUAGAUUGCAAACGGGAGUUAAACUCACUCUCCGCGAUUUGCAUACCUUAAGGUUCAGCAAGCCGCAGCAGAGCAAAAAACACGCAAGGAUAAGACAGCUUUAAAGGACGAGCUGUUCACACACAGACAACAAAAUGCCGAAAAUACCGUAAAUACCAAAUACUACAAUAACAAAGGCACCUGAGGAGAUCUCUAGUCGUUAACACUAAGAAAAUACUGAACAAGAUUGGUCUCUUCUAGACCAGAAUAUACCAUGUUAUAUUUUUGCCAAGGAAAAACGUCGCUUACACCAAAAAUACUAAAUACUAAAAAUACCAAAAAAUACCAUAAACACCGAAAAAUACCAAAAAUAUAUAAACUGCGUUAACCACGAGCCGCUCACUUAAAAGCCAUCUCUAGCCGGAUCACUUAAACAAUACAAAAAAAUACUAGCCUUAUAUUUUUGCCAGAAAAGACAUCAGUGAAGAACUGCGUUAAGGGCAAAUUGCUCAAUAUAAGUAUAUAAAUAAAAUACCAAAAGUAGAAAACGAAAAUACUAACUUUAUAUUUUUGACAAAGAAGAACAC